UAGCGCGCAGUAAAACGGUGGUUGAGGACACUCGUAUGAAUGCGUUGGCGGAUGUGUUCAGAGGCGGAAGGGUUGCAAACAGGGUUGUUCUUGUGAGUGAUGCGGUAACCGCAGCGGCAAGAGGAAGAACCCAGGUUCUACUCUAGCUAGUUAGUAUCGGCUCAAAAUUAUAUAGUAUUCCCGGUCCCCCGUUUCUCUUGAUAGAUAGUGGUUACUUACGCUUUAGACUGAUUCGCAAUUUGUACUCAGGGAAGAAGUCAGUGGAGGGAGAAAGGCACCGUUAUUUUAACAGUAUAAACCCCACGUUUCGGUGACAGCGGCACAAGCACAACAAUGGCUCUGAAAAGAAUUCACAAGGAGUUGAAUGACCUGGCCCGUGACCCCCCAGCUCAGUGCUCAGCUGGUCCAGUCGGCGAUGACAUGUUUCACUGGCAAGCCACAAUAAUGGGACCAAAUGACAGUCCCUACCAGGGCGGUGUGUUCUUCUUGACCAUCCACUUCCCCACAGACUACCCCUUCAAGCCCCCAAAGGUUGCGUUCACCACGAGAAUCUACCACCCAAACAUCAACAGCAACGGCAGCAUCUGUCUGGACAUCCUGAGGUCGCAGUGGUCGCCAGCAUUAACCAUCUCCAAAGUUCUUCUGUCCAUCUGCUCGCUGCUAUGCGACCCCAACCCGGACGACCCGUUAGUGCCUGAGAUCGCCCGCAUCUACAAGACAGACAGGGAAAAGUACAACAAAAUAGCUCGGGAAUGGACACAAAAGUACGCCAUGUAGUUUGGGGGCGGGAGGAGGAGCAGAAGCACGGAGAAAUGGCCUCGACAUCUUAAGGCUUUAGGGGGGAACUCUGAAAGAAGAGAGAAAAAUAAUAAUAAUGUUGGUUUCCAUUGGAGUGCUUUCUUUGAGCCAGGCCCCACGCACCCAGCACCCAGCACACUCGUGACCCGACCCUGUCUGGCUGCCAUGUUGUACAUAAUUCAACCUGCAAGUGUAGAAACCCCUCUCCCUCUCCCUUCCUCCCAACACCCUCCACUUCCUGUUUCCUGUCCCUGUCCCAGAAUCCACUCACAUCUAGGGUCUGUCUGCCAUGGUGUUUCUCACACCGGAACACCAUUCCUCGUCAUUUUAAGACUUGGUUUAGUAUUCCAUGUUUUCAAGGAAUUUUGUGUUCUCUAACCCUCCCACCCCCCACCCCCCCCCUCCUCUCCAGCCUUACCCCACUGUCUGGUGGUCGGAUUUGGGUGCCCGGGCAUGAGUUUUGUAUAAACCUCUUUAAGGAAUUAUUUUUAAACUCAUAAAAACCAGUUACAGACGAGAGACACCCGACUGUAGGACCUUCAGUCUUUCUGCGAGCCGCUGGUGAUUUCUGUAUUCCGAAGGACUUUUAUUUUGAUUUUCUUCUCGCUAUGUCAGACCCUCCCACUUCCUCCCCAACCCCCCCCCACCCCCAAAUUUACAGUCCUUACUGUUCCAAUCCACAUCUAUUUGACUGGUGAUUCAAGAAAGGUAUUCGUUUGACAAGUCGCCCACCCACCCCCCCCUUCCCACACACACACUCGCACACAGACAUGCACACAGACAUGCACACAGACAUGCACACAGACAUGCACACAGACAUGCACACAGACAUGCACACAGACAUGCACACAGACAUGCACACAGACAUGCACACACACACACGUACGCACACUGGUAAUUAGGUCGCAUUUGGCUUUUGUUGAAUUAGAAGCUAACCGCUCCAGUGGCUCCUGCUCUGUUGGGUUAUGGGUAAAAGGAUAUGGGUUCCAGGCAGACACAAACUUCUGUAUAUUUAAUUACCUGAAAGCUCGUCGAGCUUUGUGUGUUGAUUUAAAACUGUGUAAUAAAAAUGAUUACUAAAGUG